UUCUUCAACGUGUUCUUAGCUAAUUCCUCAUCUGGGUCAGGGUCAUCAUCAUCUUCAUCUUUUAACGUCAAAGUUUUCGCCUUUGUUUUCAUUUAUUCUUGGGGUGGAACUUUUGCUUUUCUUUGAUCAUGUUCCUCUGUUGCAUUGCAGGGUUUAAGAGCCAUAACAGGUUGAAGUUGGAAAGAUCAUAACUUGUCUUCUUCUAUAUACAGAGAGAAUAGAGAGAGAGUUGGAUGGUUAAAUCGAGGGAUAAGAAGAUGAGUCAGGCUCGCUUGGAACCUUAUUUUGACACUUCUAAAAAGCCUAGAUUCUUUGUUAUCCCUGAAAGACUUGGUGAUAUUGUUGUGAACUUUAUAAAGAUUGGCAUAGUGGUGUGCCUUGUUGCAUCCAUUUCGCUUGCCAUACACUCAGCAUUCUCCAAACAAUACCGGUGGUUUCCACUACCAGAGCAUAUACAUGUCUUACAGAAUGCUUCAGUCAGUGAUGGUGGACCAACAAACAUUUCACACAUUCUAUUUGGCAUUGGUGGCUCGGCUUCAACGUGGCGCACUCGCAGCGAUUACAGUAAGCUCUGGUGGGAUCCUAACACUACUCGAGGUUUCGCUUGGCUGGACGAGAAGCCUGCUAUCUCAGACCCUGAAGGGCUAACAAUCCCAUAUCAAAUCUCACAGGGAUGGACACAGUUCAGGACCUUGCACUCGCCAUCCGCGGUUCGGAUAGCUCGGAUAGUUUACGAUAGCUUCAAACUUGGUUUGCCAAAUGUGAGGUGGUUUGUGAUGGGAGAUGAUGACACUGUGUUCUUUACCAAGAACUUGGUCACUGUUCUGAAGAAAUAUGAUCACAAUGAGAUGUAUUACAUUGGUGGGAAUUCUGAGAGUGUGGAGCAAGAUGUGAUGCAUUCUUAUGACAUGGCUUUUGGUGGUGGUGGAUUUGCAAUUAGUUAUGCAUUAGCAGCUCAACUUGCUAGAAUGAUGGAUGGUUGUCUCCAAAGAUAUUUCUAUUUCUAUGGUUCUGAUCAGAGGGUUUGGGCAUGUGUUCAUGAAGUUGGAGUGCCUCUUACAAGGGAAGCUGGAUUCCACCAGCUUGAUAUAAGAGGAGAUGCAUAUGGUCUUCUAGCAGCUCAUCCCAUGGCACCGCUUGUAACACUUCAUCACCUUGAUGAAUUGAAGCCUGUGAUUCCCAAACAUACUCGAAUGGAUGCACUGAAAAUGCUUAUGGCAGCAUACCAGCUUGACCCUGCUAGAAUAGUGCAGCAAAGUCUCUGCUAUGAUCAUAACCGCAAAUGGUCCAUAUCCAUCUCAUGGGGUUACACAAUACAAAUCUACAGAACAAUGUUAUCAGCUGCGGAUUUGAGGAUGCCGCUGCAGACAUUCAAGACAUGGAGGAGUUGGGGUGAUGGUCCUUUCACAUUCAAUACUAGACCUAUGAGCCCUGAUCCAUGCCAGAACCCUGCAGUAUUCUUUCUAGACCAUGUUAGUAGUGUAGGCACAAGUGGAACUGUCACAGUCUAUAAGAGAUUUGUACCUGAGGAAGGAGAGAAGUGCAACGGCGAAGAUCAAGUCUCAAACAAAACCAUGAAUCAAUAGAAUUAAAAAUGUGUUUGUUUGAGUUUAAAGAUGGAUUUGAAACUGAUAAUUUGAUUUGGCUAUAUACUGCAACAGGCACGGCGUAGGCAAUGCUGCCAAAUCAUGGAUGGAGGAAGCAUACAGGAAGGCAGAUUGAACAUUAGGAUUAGAAAGUGCAGACCUCAUGAAACAGUUACUAUUUAGGGAACAGUUGCUUUAGUUAGAAGAUUUUACUAAAGAUUUGGCCAGUAACAGCUCCACCUGUGUACAUACAUAGUUGCCAACAUAUUCAUAUCAUUUCUUCACUCUAAAUUUUCACCUGUAUCUAUUGGCCACAAAUACCAAAAUAUAAGAUAUAUCCCCCAAUUUUUUAUUAAAGAAA